AUGUGGAAGGAAAUACAGGAUUACAACGAACACGAAACUCCAGCUGAAAUUGACCAACAAGUGAUGGACAUUAAAUUUGACGAAGAGUUCUGGAUUAAGGUUCAUCAAAAGCAGAGUGAAGGAUCAGUGUCUUGGAACAGAGCUUUGGAUGAGGUACAAAUUGAAAAUUUUAUUCAGGACUACAAGGACAAUGGAGAACAGGAAGGUGAAGAUCCAGCAUUGUUGAUGUUGAAGCAGUGGCCAACGUCUGGCCAGUACAAAGAUAGCUCUGAUCAACUUCAAGGUCUUGAACAGAAGAUAAAUCAACUUUUGGAGAUCCUUUUAGAAAGUGAACUCAACUCAGACAAUAGAUAUCAGAGGUUCAGAGACAAAGAGGACAAGUUAUGGAAGACAUUGCUGCACUAUGCUGCAGAACUUGGCUUUUUGCAUGUUACCAAAACCCUAGUGAAAAAAUGUCCAGGGCUGCUGUAUUUGAAGACAAGAGAUUAUGGAGAUAAAAGAGCCAUGUUACCAAUAGAGUUGGCAUUGAUAGCUGAGAAAGAUGAGGUGGCAGCCUAUUUAAUAAGAGUUAUGUGGCAUAAAAGAGUCCAAGGUCUAUUUUCAUGGAGACCAGAUGACAAAAUGACAAAUCCCCUGCCAUCAUUCUUCAGCUUCAAGUGUAUUAUUGAGAAUCCUAAGAUGGAGAAAACAGUGGUGGCUAUACUAGACCAGAUGGUGAAUCCUCACUGGCCACAACUUCCAAAACGCAAAGAAAGCUAUGAAAAUGAAGAAGAAAAGGAAGGGAUUGAAGGGGCAUGGAACACAAUAACAGAUGAUCCAUUGGAAUAUCACUUUUAUUAUCAUAUUCUGGAUGGUGAUGAUGGAGGACGACCCCCAAAGAAUACGGCCUCAGGGUUGAAAGAGCAGAUGAAUAACAAAUAUUUUAACAAGAGAGACACAUCUUGUUUACACAUGAUUGCAAAGAGUUAUAAUGAGGGGGCUUUGCAGCAUCCUGUGGUUAGAAUGUUGGUUAAAACAAAAUGGAAAAGUUAUGGACACUGGUUUUUAAGCCUUCAAACAGGAUCCUUUGUCAUCUUCUUGCUGUUCAUGUCACAUUCGCUGCUGCAUGCCUCAACCAAACUGGACCCCACCCAGUACACUGAUGUACCAGAUAUCCUGCGUGGAUUUUGUGAGAUUGUCACUCUUGCUAUGGCAGUCUUUUACAUUUGUGAGGAAUUCCAUCAAAUGACAAUAGCAAGGCAUUUCUACUUCACAGAGUGGAUAACCGUGUUUGACUGGUUAGGCCUGCUGUUGAUCUUGUGUAUGAUUCCCUUGCGAUAUGCCGAGAGUGAUGUACAGUGGCUGGUGGCAUCUUUAACUUUCCUGUUCAAUUUCCUGAGGAUAUUUAAGUUUUCUUGUGUAACAAGAACAACAGGAUUAUACACACACACUUUGGCGAAGAUAAUUUUACAUGACGUAACAAGAUCCAUGGCAGUUUUUGGUGUAAUCUGUCUUUCCUUCUGUGGUGCCUUAUCAUUAUCGCUUUGUUAUUCUGAUCAAAACCAGCCGUUAAGUGGCUUUGGGAAUUUGCUGUUGAGUGGAUUUCGUGCUCUGCUCGAACAAAAGCCAAUGCUGGAAGAUCACUUAAAAUUCAACUGGCUGUCAGUUCUGUUGAUGAUGGCGUACAUGGGAAUAGUGACUUUGAUUCUACUCAACAUACUCAUUGCACAAAUGAGCACGACCUACACUCAGGCCAAGAAAGUCGCCCGUCUGGAAUAUGAUGUGGAUCGGAUUUUACAACUCUCUCGCAUGGAGGGAUUUCCUUUUCUGAAUUUGCGCGUUAAGUACUACAAGGAGGGAGACUGGAUCAGUGAAAUGGAACUCUCAAAAGAACUUCUUGAAUUCAGUGAAGAUCGCAGUCCUGGCGAGUCGGUGGAAGAGAAACUGAAUGCGAUCAGGAAUAUGAUGAGGAAGAUGGUGAAACAGAUGAGGCCUGGAAACGGAUGAAAGAAGCUCUGUGUUCCUACGUGACUACGAUGGGAAUAUGCCUUCGGUCUCCAUUUUUGUGCGCUGGUUUCUUUAGUCAUUUGACUGAGAGUCUUUCGUUUCCUGAGUUAUUUUCGCAAGGAAAUCAAGAGGAGGGUCACUGAAAACGAAAUGAGAGGACAUAGAAGUGGCCAGACGGUCUGAUCUAAGACAGUAUAAAAAGCGCAGUAUAAAAAGCAUUCAAGCAAAUCGAUUGGUUGUAAUUAAAGGGUAAUUGUUUAAGAAAAGCAAACAUCGCCGAGCGUUUGUAAAACCGCCGUUUGAAAAAGCUUCAUUUUGUAACCGACACUCUUGGACAGGAAAGUGUGAGUAACAUUAUAUGCUUACGAAAAAUGAAGGUCACCUUUGAAUAAGUUAGUUUAUAGAAAGUAUUAGUUUAUGUUUUGUUUUGAUUUUAAAUUAUUUAACCAAAAUACAUCUCCCACAGAGAUAUUUACAAGAUGUGAGAGUUAAUUACGAGAUAUUUAGUUUGUAAAGAGUUCUUUUAUCCAUCACUUUAACACGGAUACAUUUACUCAAGAGUGUAGCAUACAUUUAAAAGAAAUAAAAUAAACCGAGACGAUAGCAGGUUGAACUUC